CUCGGUUUUCCUGGUUGUAGCUGUCAAUACUCAAAGCUACCGUUUUGGACAGCAACCGAUGCCACCAGUCGCCGCCCUGCGUCGCCCCCAGCGAGUUUUAUUCCGCCUCAAAACAAGAAAUCCUGUUGGAGUAAUCGCAGUCCACAGCGCCGGGGUCUCCUCCUCUCCUCUUGUGCUGUGUGCAGUCCGUCCGUAGGUGUGGACUAUCCUCUCUUUAUCUGUGGACCUCCGGUUAGGUGGUCCCUGUAGCUGGGCCGGCGAUGGCGUUUAGGAAGGCUCUGAAACGGACGGCUGUGGUAGGCGGCGGGGCGGUCGCCGCAGUUUUUGGCCUAUCGCAGCUGAUCGAGUACAGGAAGACACAGCACGGAUUGGCUCGGUUAGCCCACGUGGCAGCAGAAGCAGAGCUGAAGGUUCCCUUUGCGGACGAGCUUCCCUCUCGGCAGGCCCAGCUCGCGGCGCUACAAAACACUGAGGAGUUCGAUGUUCUGGUUGUCGGAGGAGGGGCCACGGGUGUAGGAUGUGCCUUAGAUGCCGUCACACGCAACCUGAAGACUGCCCUCGUCGAGAGAAGCGAUUUCUCGUCGGGGACAAGCAGUCGGAGCACCAAGCUGAUCCACGGUGGAGUCCGCUACCUCCAGAAGGCCAUCAUGAAGUUAGACUACGAACAGUACAUGAUGGUGAAAGAGGCCCUCCACGAGCGAGCCAACCUCCUGGAAAUUGCGCCCCACCUAUCAGCGCCACUACCCAUCAUGCUUCCUGUUUACAAAUGGUGGCAGUUGCCUUACUACUGGGCAGGGAUCAAGAUGUAUGACCUGGUGGCUGGGAUCCAGUGCCUGAAGAGCAGCUACGUCCUCAGUAAGACCAAGGCCUUGGAGCUCUUCCCCAUGCUGAAGAAGGACAAGCUGGUGGGAGCCAUCGUCUACUAUGACGGGCAGCACAACGACGCCCGUAUGAACAUGGCCAUCGGCCUCACCGCCGCCCGCUACGGCGCCGCCGUCGCCAACUACACUGAGGUGGUCCGCCUGCUGAAGACAAACGACCCACAGACCGGCAAGGAGAGGGUGUGUGGCGCCCGCUGCAGGGACGUCAUCACAGGACAGGAGUUUGACGUGAAGGCCAAGUGUGUGAUCAACGCCACCGGCCCGUUCACAGACUCGCUGAGGAAGAUGGACAACCAGGAGACCCAAAACAUCUGCCAGCCCAGCGCCGGCGUUCACAUCGUCAUCCCCGGUUACUACAGUCCUGACAACAUGGGUCUGCUCGAUCCGGCGACAAGCGACGGACGUGUCAUCUUCUUCCUGCCCUGGGAGAAGAUGACUAUCGCCGGGACGACCGACACGCCCACCAACGUGACGGCCCACCCAAUCCCGGGGGAGGACGACAUCAAUUUCAUCCUGAGUGAGGUCCGCAACUACCUCAGCCCUGACGUAGAAGUGCGUCGAGGAGACGUGUUGGCGGCGUGGAGCGGCAUCCGUCCCCUGGUGACCGACCCCAACUCCAAAGACACUCAGUCCAUCUGCAGGAACCACAUCGUCAGCAUCAGUGACACUGGACUGGUCACCAUCGCCGGUGGGAAGUGGACCACCUACAGGUCCAUGGCUGAGGAGACUUUGGAUGCAGCCGUCAAAGCCCACAACCUCUCAUCCGAACCCUGCAAGACCGUGGGUCUGAUGCUCGAGGGAGCCAAGGGCUGGACGCCGACCCUCUACAUCCGCCUGGUGCAGGACUACGGACUGGAGAACGAGGUCGCUCAGCACCUGGCGUCGACGUACGGAUCAAAGGCGUUCGACGUGGCCAAGAUGGCUCAGGUCACGGGGCAAAGAUGGCCAAUCGUGGGGAAAAGACUGGUGUCCGAGUUCCCUUACAUCGAGGCCGAGGUGCUGUACGCGAUCAAGGAGUACGCCUGCACAGCCAUCGACGUGAUCGCCCGACGAACACGCCUGGGCUUCUUGAACGUGCAGGCGGCUGAUGAGGCCCUCCCACGCAUCGUGCAGAUCAUGGGGAAAGAGCUGGACUGGAGUCAGGAGCGGAAGACGGCGGAGCUCGACGCUGCAAAGAAGUUCUUGUACCACGAGAUGGGCUACAGGUCUCGUUCUGAGCAGCUGACCAAGACGACUGAGAUCAACCUGGACAACCAGGAAGUAGUCAGGUACAAGAAGCGUUUCCACAAGUUUGACAAAGAGAGCAAAGGAUUCAUCACCACUGUUGACGUGCAGCAAGUUUUGGAAAGCAUCAAUGUUGACAUUGAUGAAAACGCGCUCCAUGAAAUCCUUAAUGAGGUGGACCUCAACAAGAACGGACAAGUUGAAAUUGAUGAAUUCAUGCAGCUGAUGAGCGCCGUGAAGAAGGGACAAGUGUCUGACAGCCGUCUAGCCAUUCUGAUGAAAUCGGCGGAGGAAACUCUGGAUAAGCGAGGGCCGGUGACGGUGGACCGGAGCGGGGGCGGCGUCUGAGCCCCUGAGAUGAGGGGGGGGGGGUUUCAAGGAUGCCAAGAGAACCUUCUGCUCCUUUUUCAAUGUGGUGGUGACAAAAAAUAACAAAAUGGGCUCAUGCAAAUGGAGCUAUUUGAAUGACAAUAAUGCAAUCAAGCGCAAGCAGCCGGAUGAAUUUGGCCAAAUCAAGUGCAGACCUGCAUCACUCCUGAGUGUUUUGGGUGAAAUAGUAUCUAAUGAUUGAGGUUUGUUUUUCAUGAAGUCAGAGAGUCGAUCCUGUCUGUCUGUCUGUCCUCUCAACAUCAGGUGCCUCUGAUUUUACACAGCGCACAAUGUAUCUGUUUUAUACUGUCUUUUUAAUCAUUGUCUUUGUAGUGAACAUAAUCGACACUGAUUGUUGGGGAAACACUGUCCUCAAUGCGAUGCAGCUUUUUCAGAUUCGGUUAGGCUUUAUUUCACAGCUCCAUCAUUUCCUCAUACUUACCUUCAAGUUUCCUGGAAGGAAUGAUACAAAUAGAGAGAGAGUUCACAUAACCUAGAGUCUUUAGAUCCUUUUCUACCAACGCUCCUACACUUUUACUUAAGAGUUAAAGGCGAGUGAGAGCUUCUUGAUGUCAGCUGUUUGUGGCUCUGAGGAGAACGUCUUUAUGUAUAAAAAAGAUAAUUGCGUAAAAAAAAAGAUUUAUAGUUAGUAUUUAGUAUUUAUACUUAAUAUAAAGGAAGCUCAGUAUACUUUGGUUUGACUGAAGCAGUGACGAUUUUUAAAGGAUUAAUGAAAAGACGAGAAAGAAAGAAAGAAACAGUAAAGUGUAAAAGUCAUCACUGGGAUUAUAGCAGUCCAAAAAUGAGUAUUUACUUUAUAUUUAGUUAGUAACAAAUUAGCAAAUUCUUUCCAGGAAACCUUCUAUGAAAUUUAAAGAAAUGAUGGUCCCCUAAAAUGAAGCCUCACCGAGUAUUUCUACGUCAUGUUUCUGAUCUUUGUGUGUUUUCCAUCUAUUGCACUACUAGCAAACUAAUACUGAUACUGAGGUUUACACGACCAGGGUUCCAGCUUUAGCGUUACUGAUGAAGAUGCUUUUUAUCACUGCUGCUGUUCUUUCCUUAUUUAUUUUUAAAUCAUGUAUUCCUUUUGUCUCAUGCACUGCAGCCGUUUACAGACAGAAAUACACUUACAGAGAUUAUAGAUUUAAAAGCAGGAUUUUAAAGGGACUUAUUAUAUGUUUGAGUGAUUUUAUUAGGUGGAUCGCAUGCUACGUGUUAACUAUUCUCUAAAUAAUGUAAUGCAAAAUCUUUAUUUUUACAACGUGUUUGACGUGGAGUUCAUUCUAUUUACUUCCGUGCUUGUGGUGGAGAGCAGAGAGAAAUCUAAAAUGCUGUAUGAACGCACAUCCAGUCCUUCUGAUAUUAUAUAAUCCUGCACGCUCCCAGCUUCACUGUUUAUAUGUGAGAAAAUAAGAUGUUUUUAAACCCAUUAUGGACAUUUCAGCAUGUUUUAUCUGCAGCUUUUGUGUGAUUUUUCAGGAAGGCAAUGCACUGUAUGAAUGUAUGAUAUGUGCCUUGAUGUGCCUAAGACAUUUUCACAAUGCCACACUCCAUGUUAAACCAAUACAGGAAUUUAUGUUGUAAAGAUAUUUAAAUUGUUAUAAAAAGAAUAGUAUUUAAAAUGUAUUGUAUGUCAGUUUUUAUUUUUAGAAGGAGCUGCCAUGUUGGAGGGGUUAACGACCAGAAUCUGACCAGUGUAAGUCAAAAAUGACACUUAUUUUGAAGGGCUGGGUAUCAAAGCACAGGCAGUCUGAUCUGUCACCUAAUUUACUUAUUGUUCUAUAUAUAUAGCUCAUUUUAAAUCAUUAUUUUACAGUAUUUUAUUCAGACACAGGUCUUGUAUGGAUGUUUGUGUUUAGACAUUUAACAUUUAAAGGCCUGGAAAAUGUCUUAAUGUGUAUUCUGUUAAUGAACAGACUUGCCAGUUAUUAUUUAGUAUUUUUGUUUUGUAGUAUUAUUUAGUAUUUAGUAUUUUUGUCUCUUAGCUCUUCUAAAUGGUGACGUCAAAUACUUCUGAGUGGGCCCCCUGUGUGUUUUUAAUGCAGGUUUUGGGUCUGAAUGCCCACUAUAGCAAACAAACAAAUAGUUUUAUUGGCAAUACUGCAUUUUUGCAGCACUGAAACUCAGGUAUUGGAACCAGUAUCCAAAAAAAUAAAGAAAAACCCAGACGAAUUUAGUUUUUUUGUACUGUGCCAGCGUAGAAAAGCCUCUGAAGCAGCAGUCAGACCAUCAUAUGACACUAAAACUAACAAAAAGUUAUAUUACGUUACUGUAGAUUACGUGUUAGGUUUCAUUCCUCCAACAUGGCAGCCCUCUGUUAAAGGUUUUAUAUUGUAAAAGACGUGUGACUGUGCUUCCUUAUUGCCUUCAUAUUAUGAUUUAUAUUCAGAUUUUCUAUAGACUUCUUCUUACGCAGAGAACAGAAUCAUUCCAUACAGGUUUCCUCCCAUGUACCAAACACUGUAACUGUUACUGACGUGUGUGUAUCAGUGUGUGGUCACAUGGGGGUUCGGCUACAAUACCUCGGCGCUGAGGACCCUUCAAACUGGCAACGCCGGCCCCGUCAAGCAUCGCUCGUGGGCAGCACGACUUAAAACCACAUCCUGAUGUUUGAUUGUCUCCUUUGGAUGAAAUUACAGCUUUAUCCAGGCUCAAAGAGAAUCAUAUUCCUACUCCUUUUUGUUUUUUACUUUUCACGAAUACUGUAAGAAUACUGUGAGUCAGUCUUCAGGUAAAAAAAGAAAGAAAAUAAAGCAAUUAUCUAAUUAAA